GUUCAUGAGCGUAAAAACUGAUUGGUUUAUAGGAAUCUUCACCAAACGUCUGCACGGCUGGCGCUUGAAGCCCGCGGUUUACGAAAAAUACUGCAGGAUAAAAAAAAACACUAUUUAUAAUGAUGAUAAAGUUUCCAAAGACUAAUUUGUUUCGAUUGUGAGGAUGCGUUAAUGUCAAGGUAACGUAGUUAGCAUAAAGCUAUUGCAGCUGAAGUGAGUGAUCCUUAAUAUUUUAGUACCUUACGGAACGCAACAGGGUUUGUAAUAGCAUUAGCAAUAAAGUUAGCAUGUUGUAAGCUAGUCAGACAAUGCAGAGGAUGUAGCGUCACCUUGUUACCUUGUCAACUACCGUCAACUGAAACUGCCCGGCCUGUCUUUCUAUUAUCUGUUCUAUCGAUUGGAAAAUAAGGACUGCCAGUGGCGUGAGCUCCGCAAAGCUUUAGUGCCAGGUGAUAGAACGCAAUGUCGCUAUCGACUGAGGCUCGAAAUGUGGCAAACCAAGGCUUCAGAGACAAAGGACAGACUAUUUGUGUUAUGCCCGACCUCUCCUCUGAUCUCCUGAAAGAUGACGUUGACUUGAAUAAAUCCUACCCUUGCACCCAGAGACCAACGUACAAGUGCCUGCCACCUCGUCAGUAUCAUGGUUUCUUUACGGGCUUGGAUGUUUGCAUCUCCCAUGCAGCUCGAAACUAUCAACUUUCUCACUUAAUACCUGGCUCCCAAGUUUCUGAAGACUCCCUGCCACACCCAUCAACCCAGUCAGAAACAGAGGAGAGUCUUUUCAGGCUCCUCAUCUCUGGAGAAUUUGGUGUGUCAGGAUAUCCAUCUGCCCUUAGCCCAAACAAAGUCAUUCUUACUGUCUCCCAUAAAACCAGAGAGAUUUUGUCAGCGAAUGAGCAGGCAAGCAAACUAUUUGAGUGCUCCACUAAGGAACUGAUUGGAAAGAAGCUGUCUUCUAUCUUAAAGAAAACUAGUCAGGUCCUUGAACAGGCACUGGAAGAAGACUUUCUAGUUGAAGAUGGAACUGUUGUCGCUGUGUGUGGAAAAGUGGUGGAUGCUGUGACAUUAUCUGGAGAGAUUCCAGUAUCUGUGUGUACCCACAGACAGUCACAAAAUGAAGACCUUUGGCUUGUUGUGAUUGAAAGUGUGGAGAGGGUAUCAGCUUUUUUGUCCUUUUCACAAGAUGGAAGUAUACUAACCUGUGACCCGGGAUUUGCCCAUCUCCAUGGAUACCACCACCCUGAGGAUUUAAAAGGAGUGUCUAUUAAGGAGCUAAUCCCCUCCUUACAAAUCCCCCUCUACAGUCAUGCAGUGCCCAAAAUGCUGAGGGUUCAGAGCGUGUGUGGGAAAAGCAAAGGGGGUGCAACAGUCCCACUCUGUGUGAAACUUCAGGGUGCAGCACUAUGUGGAAAACCCCAACACCACCACAAUAACUACGGUGACACCACAGGAGAUAGUCUUGAACUUUCUAAUAAAGAGCAUGAGCAGCCAAAACCUUCUGUAAUGUUGCCUUUCAGCAAGACAGAAGUUUCACGUCCUGAUCACUCUGAGCAACCUCAAUUAUCAGAAAUCAAACUGGAUAGCAUCAUUGUCUCCCCCAGCCCAUCUCUAGAAUACUUCGGAACAGUCUGGGUUUUUGCUCCUAUGAGCAGCCUUCUCCUCCUUCAUCCUGAUGGUUCAAUAUUCAGCAUUCACAACCAUCUGACCCUCAGUCUGUUUGGCUACACCAAGGACGAGCUGUUGGGAAAGAGUGUCACUUUCCUGAUGCCUGCUUUCUAUGACUGGAUGUCUGCCUCGGACCGAAAGGCCAGCCCCCUCCCGGAUUCUCAUGUACAAGCUGUUAGUAGUCCAGUCUCAUCUAAAAUAUCAGAGAAAUCUGACCCUUCCUCUUUGCUGGCUGGAGACAUGGCUAUGGUCCAACAGGCUGUCCUGAGAAGGACCUCCGCAGGAAGAGGCAGGAUCUUCACUGGAACAAGCACCAGGCUGGAUAAACAGGGGAGUGCUCUGUCUACCCUCUCUCCUCCCACAGUCACCUCAACACGUGUGGUUAUGGCCAAUGAUACUAUAGAGCUGAUGGAGGAAGCAGCCCAGUUAGCCCCCUGCAGUAGCCAGCUGGACAGCACAGAUACUACCCAGGCACUCCUCAAGACAUUUGCCUGGGUGGAUCCUCUAGAUGAAGACGCUUGUUUGGUUCCCAUUGAAUCGUCACUCCAUAACAAAAAAGAGCAUCUGAGCGACGGGGUUCAGAAAAAUAACGCACCUGCAGUCAACAUAAUUCCUGAUACUCCUGCUCAGAAUGGACAUGCUGGUGUCACAGGGGAUGACAUCUGUCCUGAUGGAGACAAAGACCAUCACUCGUGUGCCUUUGUCCUCCAAAACUCAAGUUUUGAAGUUAUCUCAGUGGAGAGCAGGUCUUCCUCUGGCUUCUGUGAGAGGUUUGCUGGCCAUGGUGGUCGUGAUCCUGCCAAAGCAGAGAACUCUCCUUCACACAUAGUGGACUCACCCAGCGACUUCCUGGACAUCGAUAGCAAUGGAGAUCUAGUUACUCGGGCCUUAGCUGACCUAGACCUGAGUGGUAGUAUGGAGCUGCUCAGCAUCAGGGUGCUCAACGAUGAGAACCAACACUCCAUGUUAUCUUGCGAUACAGCUGAGCUCCUGCGAACUCAUUCACCAUGUGUGCUGGGGUCAGACCAGGAAGCAGAGUCUGCUGAAACUGCAUACACUGCUGUGGAGACCGGGAACGACUCGUCUGAAGAGCCAGAAAAGAGCCACCAUGAGCAAGAUCAGUGGGCAGCUCUCUCUGCAAUUCAUAAGGAAAAGAGCCAAGAGUGCUGCAACCAAAUCAAUGCUGGGGUUCAAUCACUGGCAGACAUGCCAGCCACAUCAACACCUAAGAAACAGAAGAUGAGUGGACACAUCCUGUCCUCACACACUCCAUUGAUACUGGAGGGACGAUUUGAAGGAAUCGGAUACCACAGAGACGGCACAAGAGUAGAUGUGCAGUGUGAUGUCUGCAGGACUAAACUCCCUGAUGGAAGCUUCAUGUUCUGCGUGUGGAUGAGUAGGCCUGGCCAGCAGGGGACAUUGUUGCAAACAGAUCAGUCAUUAAAUAACCAGUCAGGAGUCAGUCUAGGGGAGAGAAUUGGUGAGGCCAGCCAAGGAGAAGCAUUGCGCUCCACUGUUGAUCUUGAUCAAUCUCGAGCCUGCGACGGGCAGUUCAGAGAAGAGUACCAGCCACUCAAAGCUGUGGGUAAAGGAGCUUUUGGUUUUGUCUGGAAGGCAAUAAGACGCUGUGAUGGGCGAGAAGUAAUUGUGAAGUUCAUUAGCAAAACCAGGAUAGCGAGAGAAUGCUGGGUAGAUGAUCCCAUGUUGGGAAGAGUGAGCCAGGAGAUUGCUAUAUUGACACGUCUGCAACACCACAACAUUGUCAAGGUGGUGGAGGUGUUUGAGAAUGGAAGUUUUUUCCAGAUGGUGAUGGAAAAACAUGGAGAUGGCCUAGAUCUUUUUGAAUUCAUAGACAUGCAGCCACGGCUGGAUGAACCUCUGGCCAGUUACAUCUUUAGGCAGCUUGUGGCAGCUGUAUUUUACCUGAGGACCAAGAACAUCAUUCACAGGGACAUAAAAGAUGAGAACAUCAUAAUCGACAAGUGUUUUCAUAUUCGACUGAUUGAUUUUGGUUCGGCUGUGAUAUUGGCUCCCGGGAAGCUGUUUUACAAUUUCUUUGGCACGCUGGAGUACUGCUCCCCAGAGGUGCUUCAGGGAAAUCCCUAUGAGGGUCCAGAGCUGGAGAUGUGGUCUUUGGGAGUUCUGCUCUACACACUGCUGUUCAGUGAGAAUCCCUUUUGUGAUGUGGGUGAGAUCCUGGACGCCAAACUAAAGCCCCCAUUCUCCUUGUCUCCAGAGCUGCAUGCUAUGUUGUGUGGGCUGCUUCACCCUGAACCCAAGAGACGGAUGACUUUAGAUCAGCUGCUCUUGCAGUCCUGGAUCAGCCAGCCCAUUUCUCUUGUAGAUUACAGCUGGGCUGAGGUGUUCCCUGCUACAGAGAGCUUAUGCUUGCCACAGCAUCAGGAACCAAGUCCAGUGGCAUACAUAAGACCAGGCUUGUUCCCUGAUGAUGGAGAUGAGACUCUACCUGAAGAGGAUGAAGAUGAGGAGGAGAGGAUGUCAAUGUUGGCCCUGGAAACUGAGCUUCAGAAGUACCUUUGUGAAGAUUAGAGACUGAAUUUGUACUGAGUUUAAAAGAAGCCUAACUAUUCGACCAGCAGUUCCAAUGACUGCUCUUCAGCUUUCUAAUGGCAAAUAUUUGCAAACUAAUGAAAGGGCAGCUUUUUUUGUCAGAACAAUGGAAAUCUGGUGCCUAGACAAAGUCACUUAGAGACAAAGUGACAGUCUGCCUCCUGACAGAUUUCUAAGCAGUGUAAUGUCUAAAAGACUUUAUUUUUUCAGAUUUUAUUUUUCGUUUAAUGCUUUUUAUUUAUUCCUUGCAAACCUAAUUGACCAAAGUUUGAAGUUAAAGGGCCUCUUAAUCCAACUUUUUUUGUUCUUAAUUUUAAUCUAGACAUUUUAUUCAACUUAGUGUAAGUAUAUUUACAAUAUUUUAUAUAUAUUUAUUUUUAAACAUUAAUAAAUAUCCUAUCGAUACAUGUCCCCCUUUAGGUUGAUUAUAGAGAUGAUUUUGAGUAAGACUAUACAAUGCUUUUGUUUCUUAUGAAAACAUUGUAAGUGGAAUUAUACUUGUAUAUCUUGCCAGAAAACACAACUGAUUUCAGUGUGUUUACUGGUUCCCAACAAAAUGUUAUUUGCUUACCAAGUUAGUAAAUAUAACAGCUGCUUUGUCUCUUUGACAACUGCAGAUAUUCAAAAUUAUCCUGAUGCAAAUUUCCCUAAAUAUGUGCAAAAAGUUAAUAACUGGAAAAGAGUUGUCAACAACUACAAAUUCUUCCAGUGUGACUAAAAACAUGUUUUAAUUACUGUGAAUAAACAAUGGGAAUGUU